UUAUUCAGAGCGCGUGUGCGCGCAGGUCAGCGCUGUUUAUGUUCCUCUGAUCCCCGACGCGCGCUCAGCGUGCACGCGCCCCGCACAGGCUGAUCUUGUUACAUUGUAGCGCGGCGUCACUGUGCGUCAUAAAGAGGACGAGCGUUUGAUCCGGGCGAAUAGAACGUUUUUCAACUUUUCAUCGGAUACCUUGUCAUUCUUUUCGGCUACUCGAGAUCGAGCGAAGCUGGUUUACGCAGCGGACGCGGGGGGUGGGGAGGGGGUUCGGAACCGGACGGUGAUUCCGGACUCGGUCCUGACCAGCGAGAUCCCCGUGGAUGACCUCCAGAGCCAUGUAUCCGCACGGAAGACCCCAGGCUCCGCUGGUGUCAGGCCACGCCGGCAUGAAAUUCACAGUCCUGGAAACUCUCGACCAUAUAAAAGAGGAAUUCCAGCUGUUUCAGGCCCAGUAUCACAGUCUGAAGCUGGAAUGUGAGAAGUUGGCGAGUGAGAAAACAGAGAUGCACAGACAUUAUAUCAUGUAUUAUGAAAUGUCUUACGGGCUGAACAUUGAAAUGCAGAAGCAGGCAGAGAUUGUAAAGCGGCUCAGUGCUAUAUGCACUCAGAUCAUUCCACUGCUGUCCCAAGAGGGGCAGCAGCAGUUUCAGCAUCUAUCCCAUCAUGCCCCAGGCUUCCCUCUGACUCCACACCCCUCAGGACUGAACCUGGGAGCGGGUGCGAGCCUCAUGGCUCUUCCCGGGGCCUUCCCGUUCCCCCCGCACCUGGCGCCUAAAGAUGACAUCACUCACUCCGAGCCCCUGGACUCCAGAGAUGGAGCUCCAAACAGAAGCAGCAGCGGCUCUCCGGUGGGCCAUCGGUCUGCAGGCCUGCGUCUGGGUCUUCCUCCUCCUCCUCCUUCCUCUUUCUCAUCCUCUCACGCUGAUAUGGACAAUAAACGGGGCGGCCCAGACCAGACCAGCACGGGACGAACACGGAGGGAAAGUGGCGGUAAAAGUGAAGACGCUCUCAGAAGAGACGGCACUAAAGAGAAAAGUGCGUCACCCGCAGGAGUCUCUCCCAGAUCGACGGAAGGGAACGGACUGAACAGCUCCCCGGUGCUCAGGAAGAAUCCGUCCAGAGAAGGCUCUUCCUCGCCUCAAUCUCAGCCACACUCGCCCGGACUCUGCAGGAGCCCCACUCAGGAGAAAGUGAGAUCUCCUUCUCCUUCAGCGUCCCAUGAUUCACUCUCUCCUGGCUCUCCAGCACCUCUCUCGUCCUCCGCCCGCGGCCCGUCUCCCGCUCUCAAACACUUCCUGACUCAAUUACCACCAUUUUUAAAAAUAAAUUUGAGAAAGUGA